CCGCAUCGGGCCGCCGACCGCGACGCUCUCGUCGCCCGCCGCCGCGACGCCCCGACAUCGCGAAAAAAGUUUACACGAAACUUUCAUAAAGACUUUCCUUUCAACUAAACUCUCGUUGAAUCGAAACUGUCUGCUAUUCCCGGAGUAUUCCGAGUGACAUCUCCUAAAACCGGAAUUUGGUGCACUCCGGAACGGGUUUGGUUACCCGUGAGGACGUGAAGUGCUAACUUGAUUUUCAGUGCUGUGUUCAGUGUCAGUGACUGGGCAUUUUAUUGUUUCUUAAAGGGAUUGAACUGGACUCUAUCCCUUGAACAGUUCUUAAAGGGUGGCUGCUAAGCUAUCGUGCUGUCAAAAGUUUCAAGCAUGCCGCUGCCCGCGCCCCCGCCCGCCUAAGGCAUGAGCGGCCGCGGAGCGGGCGGGCAACGCUGCCAGCUUAUUCUGCAGCGUUGCCUCGCGAUCCAGCUCACCAAGCCCGGCAACGCGCCUGAGGACUUCUGGAUGUACGACUCUGGAUAUCUGCUCUUCCAGAGUUUCCUAGCAGCGAACGCGAAAUGUUGGUGGGCGGGUGCGCUAGCGGCGGCGACGGCGGAGCUCCGCUACGCGGGCUACGUGUGCCCUGGGGUGCUGCUGGUGGGCGGCGCGCCGCGCGCGCUGGAGACCGUGCGCGGGGCCUACUCGAGAUCCGUCCUCAAGCCUCCUCCUACGUACCUCAUCUGCGGGCUCGGUGACAUCGAAGACUGUAUAGUGACGCCCGCGUACCAGGGCCAGUUCACGCCGCUUCCCGAAGCCUUAUGCGACUGCAUUAUGGACCUCACGUCACAGGGGCAGUCAGCGACGCUAGAGAGCAUACGAACGUCACUGUCGUCGAAGUUCCCGGUGAUGCAGACGCCGUCUCAGGAGGUGGUGUACGACACUCUCGCGCAACUCAUGCAGGACAGGAAGAUCUAUCAAACCUCGAGGGGCUUCUUCAUCGUCACUCCUGAACGCCGCCGCUCCCGGUCACGUUCAUCAUCCCGCCACCACGACGACGAGUGCCAGUCUCCGCGGACGCUGCUCAUGUCCGACCAGGAGGCGCUGCACCAGCUCUACGGAGAGAUGACCACCGUCCGCGACGGCGCCAUCACGCACCAGUGCGUGCAGACCAACCUCGCUGACGUCAUCUGCGGGGGAAACCCCAACGACAAGAUCCUUUACGGGCGUCCAAACAAGAGGCGUAGCGCCUCAUUCCCCGCACCGCGCUCGCUCGACCGGCGCCACUCGCUCCGCAUCUUCGGCUCGUCAAGCAAGUACCUGCAGCGCUGCGCCUCCACCCGCAGUCUGCACCACAAGCAUAAUAACACGACUGACAGCUCCUCGUCCACCGACUACCCGCCCAGCGUUGAAUCAGCGUCGCCUAAAAAAGCGUCCCUGCUGUCCCGCUUAUUCAGACGAAGCGGCCGCAGCAAGCAGGCGCGGGCGAUGAGCACCUUCUCUGCGCAGUUCCCCCCCACCGAGUGGUUCAACUCCAAAGCGGUGCACUUGCACUGCGUUGCUACACAGACCAACUCUAAGGAGUCACUGCAGAGUCAAACAUCAUACGUGUCAUCAUAUUACGACGGAUCAGAAAUUAGCAAUCGGUCGUCCACGCUCCCGCGGCGACACAAGCGGCACCUCUCCACCGAAUCCGGGCUCGCGGGCCACUACGACCACUCCCCGGUGCGCCACUCCAGCCCCAGCUCCGGCAGCCUGCCCCGCUCCACUCUCAGCAGAAGCUCUACCAACAAAACUAUGCUCGACCACUUCGGCUCCCCUCAACGAAACAGCGACCCUAAGCUCAGAGAUAGUCCAAGCGGUAGCUUGAGAAGAGUCGACUACGCGCAUUCAGACCACAUCAUGUCCACUAGCGGCCCCUCUAGCCUCGAAAGCACAACCACACAUCGAACCCCAAGAAAAGACUCCAGGAACGGAUCAGAACAGAACUCACCCAUAAAAAGAAACUAUCACACAAGUGGCAGCAGCGGUCACUCCAGCUUAGAAUCCCACAUAUCAGACCGCACGCUGAAACCAUCUCCUAGUCACAGCAACGCGCCGGGCCUGAGCCGAGCGCAGUCGCUUGUCAAGGUUCAGAGUUUGCAGAGUUCUCCCAAGAGCCUGCAUAAAUACAGAAACAAACCACCGAUGGUUGGCGGCGAGACAAAAAACGGCAAAAUUUCCCCGAGAACUUCUCCAAAAAACUGCCCAAGUACCCCCAAGAAAACGGCCACACCGAUGCACAACAAAGCUAUAGGGCCGAAGGCAGAGAGUCCCUCUCCCACUAUGAUAUCAUCUGCUAACGCCAACAACUCCAUUACGCUUAAAGUUACCACGAAUACAAUAUCUCAAAACGGUGGAACUAACACCAAGGUUUACGUACAAAAUUCACCAGUAAGAUCCGUAAUCACGUUCGAAAACGGAAAAGUUACUGAAACAAGCAACGGCAGCAACAUUUACAUCAUCAAUGAUGACAGACAAGUUGUUUCUGUAUCGCAAAACGGUGUCGGGAACCAGACGGCAAAAAACCCAACUGAAACCUCAUUCGAAACUUGUGUUGAGAAAAAUAAUCAGCUCUAUCAAGAUACAGAACCAAUCAAAGUUCAAGAAAAUAAGUACAAUAAAAAUUCAAUAAAUGAUACUGGUAUGAAUAAUAACCGCAAGUUGUCCUUGCAAAUUGGAGCUACAAAUAAUAACAGUUUCAUAUACAAAAAUCAACUGAACAAUUCGAAUGAGGUCGCUUCAAACCCUGCAUCUCCAGCUAUUCAUAACAACAUAAAUAACCUAGACAACACAACAAACAGCAACCCUUCAACUCCAACUAAGAGCUACGAUAAUAUUAUUGGAUCUCUGGGAAGCCUGAGGUAUCAAAAAAACUCUCUGACAUCGGCUAACGGCGGACUGCAAACAAAUAUAAAUUCAAACAGCGAGUUGAAAAGCGUCGAUUUACUUAAGAAAGCUGCAGCGUUACAAAUGCUGAAUGGACUUCCGAAUGUAAAUAACAGGAUGAGCUCGGACUCCAUCGCUAAUCUUUUAUCAAAAGGCGUUGAGAAACCGACCGUGUUAGGAUCCGAGCCUAACUUGGCUUUAAAGAAUCAGGACACGAUUAAAGAUAUCAACACGUCGACGGAGAAGAUAAAUAGUUUGGAGAAUAAACAGAAGAGGUACAGCCUUAGCCAGGAAAGUAAGAAAGAGAAUCAGGAUUUCUGCAACUUCCCUAGCUUAAGUGACUUGAGCUUUAAUUUCACUAGUUUAGCGGCACAGAAGAUAUUAAAGGGGGUCAGUAUAAACAGUGUGGACACACUGGUGGAGCUCAACAUGGCGGCCACGACUGAGAAGCAGAACAACCGCGACGUCGCUGCCGUGUGCACCGACUUUGGUCUUGUAUAGUAAAUAUAACACUUGUUCAAUUUUGUUAAAAAUGUAAAAUAGUAGUCUUAACAUUAUAAAAAUAAGUUAGUUGUGUUAUUCAUAAUUACUUUAUAACAAGCUUUAGAUACGCACUACACGUAUUAUUUAGUUCAAGUCGUUCAAGACCUGUGCUCAUUUUAAGAAUUUGUACUCCUCAACAUUUUUUAACUAUCUUUUACUACAAAAAAAUGGUUUUGAAACUACUAACGCGUCAAUAAAACGUAGAUAGAGUUAGACCAAGAAAAAACUGUAAAGAUUUUAAUAGCACACGCAGUGCAAGCGUUAUUUUAAACGUCAAACUUAUGAAAUUAUGAAAAUAACACUUGCACUGCGUAUGCUAUCAAAAUCGUUGCAGACUUUUCUUGGUCUAACAUUAACGUAACAAUAUUUCAUACGUGUAUUAUCUUAAAACAAUCAGUAAAUUCUUAGUUUGUAGCUCACUUUAAAGUAAUGGGACAAUAAAAUUAUCACCAUGUGAGUAAAGGUGGCCUAAAUCAACAAUAUUCCACAGAAAGCUAAUAGUGCCUAUAAUGUAGUAUUAAGAUUGAAUUUCCUUCACACUGUAACUUCCAUUCUCCAAAGUCUUGCACCUAAUAUUUAUCACACCUAUCCUAUAUUUAGCCUAUGAUUCCCUGCAACAGCACUUGUAAUUGUGCCAUCACUAUCCAGUGUGAAAGUUGAGUACAAACUAGAAUACCUGUCACCAUUCAGUGAACCAGAGUCCAUCCACCAUUGGGAAUUUAAGAGUUUAAUUAAACAAAUGUCAUGUUUAAGUGCCAUAAAUAAAAUCAUAGUAGAAUGCAUGAUGUAGUUGAGCUGGCAAGAUUGGUUUAAAAUUGGUAUCUGUAACAUUAGAUCUGCAUGUGUCACUGAUUCACAAAAUCAAGGUAAUUAAAAUUACUACUACUUUUUUGUUUGCCCAAGAUAUUAAAGAAGUAUGCACUAUGCAUAGAUAAUGUAAAGCUUGACCAGUAAUAUAUGAUCAUUGUCAAGAGGGCGCUGUUCAUUCUCAUGUAUAGGGUGACAGUUCAGUAUUGUAUGAAAUAAAUAGAUCUAGUCCCGCAACAUGGUGCGUGAUUAUGGUGAUUAUAUAUUCCUGGUCAGGCUUUUAAAUUGAUUCCAGUCUGCCUGAUAUUUGGGCUUCGAAUUUGAGAGCAGAUGAAGAUGGCGCUGCACGGCUCCGUGCAUCAUGGGGUGGCUCUGGUUGUCAGAACUGCCGUCAUCAAACUAAAACCCGCAAAAAAAUACCUAAUUAUUCUGGGAAGACUUUAUUAAGCAUAAGUUGACGUUUGACAAUACCCAGUUUGACAGUUACCACUAAACAUGUUGCCGUAGCGCCAUCUACUGCAGCUGCCAAACUUGGGAUACGUAAUUUUGACUACAACUCUUCUACAAUUAAUAACCGAUUGGUAAGGUAGUAAUACAAAGGAAUUAUCUGCUUUUUAAUGUCAAACCUCCAAAUUACUAUUCAAAAUGAAACUCCUCUAAUACCGAGAGUUUAUGGCAUCAGGGGCCCUUUUCUCAAAAGCUUGUAGCUUGUAUUACAAGUGAAAAGUCCCUUUCUAACAAAAGCUGUCAAAAAGUGACAUUCGCUUGUAUUACAAAGUUACAAGCUUUUGAGAAACGGGCCCCUGCUGUUCACAUUUUUGUUGCAUUUAUGAUUAUUAAGUUCUAAACCAUUAUAAGAAUAAACUGCAACAAAACACAUCUUUGAUUUUGUGAAUCACAUGGUACAAGUAGAAAACAUAAAGGGUAAUAUUUAUUAAUUAGGGAAUGUAAUCGGAAGUCAAUGCAUAGAUCCUAGAAUAAGUGUUCCAUAACGCCAUUUGUAAAAAUGUAUUAACAAUAAAAGUUGAUGCUUUUAAA